CAAAAGAAAAUAAUCACUCCCUCCUCCCUCAUCCCUGCGGCCAGAACCCAAGCAAGAAGCAAAGAAGAAAUUUUCACCCUUAUUCUCCAUUGUUGAAGAAAGCUCCAACAAGAGGGAAGCUCUAGGGAUAAAUUUAAGUUCCAAAGUGUACAAAACUUGAGGAAAAACUAGGAACUUGAUUUAGAGUAUCUUUGAGCUUCGCCGGAGUUUCGCUGGAGUUGGUCAAAGUUCGCCAAAGUUCAACCGGGAAACGUAGAUCGCGCCUAAGCUCACUUAAGCCAGAACCCAAGCAAGAAGCAAAGAAGAAAUUUUCACCCUUAUUCUCCAUUGUUGAAGAAAGCUCCAACAAGAGGGAAGCUCUAGGGAUAAAUUUAAGUUCCAAAGUGUACAAAACUUGAGGAAAAACUAGGAACUUGAUUUAGAGUAUCUUUGAGCUUCGCCGGAGUUUCGCUGGAGUUGGUCAAAGUUCGCCAAAGUUCAACCGGGAAACGUAGAUCGCGCCUAAGCUCACUUAAGAGAACCAAAAUUCUUAUUGUCUGAAGCAACCAUUCAAAAGGUCCUGUCAGGAAGCAAUAUAAGUCUAGAUGAUUUAUCUGCCGAAGAACGGAAACUAUACCGGAAAGCCAUGGCAUCAGGAGAGUUGAGCAAAUUGAUAAAGCCAUGGGAGGCAGCCAGAAACUGUACUGGAGGCUCUUUCACAUUGUCUGGAGCAAACAUGCUCUCCUCCUCUCAGACACAUGGGUGGCCCACAAUUCGGAUCCAGACUAAUGGAAGAUGUGAUAUAGGACUUCUCAACCUCGGUGGUUCGGCAUUGGUCUGCUUGCUUUGUGAUCUCCAAAGGCUGAUCCGGUCGGCAGAGGAAGAACUGAGUUCGGGUAUUAUUAAACAACCCAAGUCUGAAAGGUUGGAGAUCAAGAAAAAGCUUAGGUAUGCUGCAAGGAAGGUUCAUUUCAUUAUGUGUUGGGUUCAUGAGCAGCCAAAGGAAGGUUGGUGUUCCUUAGCCGCGGUUGUCAAGGUGAAGAUGAGCCAAACCAUGGAAUACAUUGGAACUGGGGCAUGUUUCCGGGAGGGGAAAACAUAAAGCGUUCGGAAUAAGCAAACACGUCUUUUGGCUAAAUGUGGUGUAGUAAUAUGCACUUAUUUGUCUGAAUACUUUGUUAGUUACCCCUCUCUAACUACCAUAGAUUAUUUGCUAGACAUGAAAAACAUAUUUUGUCUAGUAGUAGUUAUCGUAUAUGUUAAAGUUUUUGGUAAACAUAUUUGAAUCAAUAUUUGAUGAAUGAGUAGCUGUUAUAAUUGUAAUUUCUUCUCCAACAUAUUGGAAUCAAUAUUUGAUGGGUGAGUAGCUGUUAUAAUU